AUAAAACUAGUUGCUCCUUGACUGAAAUUUACGAAAGAUAUUUAAAAGUUUAAGAUCGCCGGACUCUUGAUAAAACUUUCUUAAAUAUUAAUUUAUUAAUAGUAAUGGCAACAUUUAAUCAAGAAUAUGACGGUACUUGCUCAUCAGGAUCGCCUUUUGAAAUUUGUGAAUUAAAAUCUAUUAAUGACGAAAAAGAAAAUAAACCGAUCUGCGAGAGAAAAAUGAAUUUUACGGAUCUAAGUAACAUAAAUAAUAAGAAAACUUCUGCGAUUCCUAAUCAGAAGACGGAGACUUUUACUGAUCAAGAUCAACUAAGAUCUUAUUUUGAGAAACUUAAAGAUCGUAUAGAUAAAUUACAACAAAACGAAAGUAAACAUAGCAGACAAAUUUCAACAUCAAUCACAUCAAUUAACGAAAUAUCUUUCUUAAAUGAACAAAUUCGUAGACAGAAGAACGAAUAUAAAAAUUUAAAAGUUCAAAAUAUUCUAUCCGAAAGUAAAGUGAGAGAAUUAGCCAAGGAAGCUGAGGAAAUAAAGAGAGAAAUGAAAGAACAUCAUAUAGAAGAGCCAUGUUUACUAAAAAAAGUUAAUGAAUCAAAUAAAAACUCUAUUGAUUUAACAGAGGAAUAUUUGACGCUGAAAAAAAAAACUAACGAAAUGGAAAGAGAAUUAGAAAGAGAAAGAUCAAUUAGAGAGAAAAAAGAUUUAUAUAUAUACGAACUAACUGGGAUUAAUAUAGGCUUAGAAAAAAAACUAUCCAAACUCAGACGUGAAAUAACUGUAUUUAAAGAGCGUAAUAAUGGAUUAUCUCACGAAUUAGACAUCAGUCGAAAGAGUAACGAUGAUUUAUCGGAAGAGAAUAAAAUUCUUCAAGAGAUGAUUAAAAGCUACGAAAGAGAAAGGAGUAAAGGAGAAACUAUUGGCGAUCAAUCUUAAAUUCAAGAAUGAAAACUUUGGCAAUCUUUCUAGUUUGCAUAGAUUUUAUACUAUUUUCAUAAUAUAUAGAUAUAUAUAUAUAUAAUGUUGCUAUUUUUCAUUAUUGUUGGUUAUAUUCGAUUUAUUCUUUAAAGUUAUCUCGUUAUAAAUAUUUCUAUUCAUUAAAGAGCAGAAUUAAUAGAUCAUUAAGGUGUGGGA